GCCAAUUGCUAAAAAUCGAAUCCGGAUCCGAUCCGGUCCGAAUCGCAUCAAACACCACCAUCAUCAAUUUUUCCCCAAGCUUUAACAUUUAGGGUUUCCCCGUAAAUCAAUCAGGUGAAUACAAUUCAAAUCGAAUAAAAUUCAAAAUUAGCUUUGUGUAAAAUUAGUGGGCUAUUCGGAGAAUCCAUGAACGUUGUUGGUCUUCAAUGGAUACUUCUGUAACGCACACGAAUCUUCCAAAGGUAGAAGACGAUGAUGAUGAAUGGGACAAUGAUGGGUUUGUGAUUCCAAGCUUGGAGAUUGAACAAGAGAAUGUUAAUAGUAAUGAUUCAGAAGCUCAAACAUCAAAACCUUCUUCUACUCCUAAGAUUAAAGAUGAAGAAAAUAAUAUCUACUUAGGACCACAUGGAGCUCCUCCUUCGCAGCCUCAUCAUGAUGGUAGUAACAACAUUACGAGCCGGAAGCAGCGGUUUAAGCAGAAGCUCAAGGAAGCAGACGAGAAGAUGAGUGUCUCUGUCUCCUCUGGUCGAGAAAACAAACUGGCUAACUUGAGAGAGCUUGUAGGUGGUGGAGGUCUUGAGAAAGGAACUAACCACAUGGCUAAAGGUGGUGGUGUUUCAAGAGACUGGCUUGAUCCACAUUGCCAUGAAUCUCAGUUCGAGAAACGACGACAUCUGUAACGCUCCCUUUUGAAUAUGNUUUUUUUUUUUUUUUUUUUUUUUUUGAAUAUGUUCCGACCACAUCUGUAACGCUCCCUUUUGAAUAUGUUUUGUAUCAAUCAAAUUAUUCAAACACAUCUUUAAUGA